UAGUUUUUGGCUUUUCUUUCUACUCCUCUUCUUCAAUUGUUGCUGGUUUUGAGUAGUUUUCGCACAGUAUUACGGGGUUCUUUGUGAAGAUUAGUGCUUCUGCCUUGUUUCCUUCGGUUGUCUGUUGGAGUUUUGGCCCGGAAAUCAGGGUUUAGAAAACAGUGAGAGAAAGAGAAAAGAUGAUUGGGUCAGGCUUCAUGGACGAUCUCGACAUUGAUCUAUGCGGUGGUUUCUUCGACCAAAUCGACGAUUUGUUGGAUUUUCCGAUAGAGGACGUCGAAGGUGGUGGUGGAGGGGAAUGUGAUGGUUUUCAAGGUGCUUGGCUACCUCCACCACCCACGGACGCUUUUACAGGUUCGAUCACCACCACUUUUCCCGGCAAGAAUAGGGAUAACGCCACCGCUUUCCCCUGCAAAAAUGGCGAUAACACCACCGUAGAGCUUCCUACAGAGCUAUCUGUUCCGCAUGAAGACAUUGCUCAACUGGAAUGGUUAUCAAACUUUGUGGAAGACUCGUUUUCUGCUGGGAGCAUCACCAUGGAAAAUGAAUCUUGUGGUAACAUCAAUAUUAUCAAUAAUAAUAAUAAUAGCAACAUCAAGAAGGUGGAGAAGGAUUUGAACAAGGACUCCAACCAUCACCACCAGUUCCAGACAUCCAGCCCAGUCUCUGUCCUGGAGAGCAGCAGCUCCUGCUCAGGGGGAAGCGGGAGUAGUAGUGGAGGAUACAGAACCAUGCCUCUCAGUCCUGAGACAUUUGUCCCUGGACGUGCUCGUAGCAAGCGCCCACGCCCUGCUACCUUCAACCCUCGUCCACUCAUCUCCAUCGUCUCUCCCACCACCUCUUCCCUCAUCGACCCCUAUCCAGAAUCAGCAUCAGAACUCGACAAUUAUGCCGACUCUCAUCCUGUCAAGAAGAUACAUUUUAAAUACCUUGUUGCUACAGAUGCACAGCAGCAGCAGCAGAAGAAGAAGAAAAAGAAAAAGAAGUUGCCACCACAUCCAUUUCACCCAUCAUCAGCUACGGAUCACCACUUCCCUCAUCAACAAACAGCGGGUGUUAGGAAAUGUCUGCAUUGUGAGAUAACGAAAACCCCACAGUGGAGAGCCGGGCCUUUGGGACCCAAAACACUUUGCAAUGCAUGUGGAGUAAGAUACAAGUCCGGCCGGCUCUUCCCAGAGUAUAGGCCCGCCGCCAGUCCAACGUUCGUGGCAUCUUUGCAUUCCAAUUCGCACAAGAAGGUAGUGGAAAUGAGGACUAAGCAGACUGUCGAGAACUCACCCCUCAUCUCCACGCCCGAAUUGAUCCCCAAUGACAACUCUCUGCUUCACUACAUCUGACAAAUGGAGGAGAGGAAGAGGAAGAGGAAGAGGAAGAGGA